GUAACUAACGCUUUGGCUGGCUAGCUAGUGUUACCCUGGCUGACGCGACCCAGCGAGAGAGGUUAAGAAGAUGCCUGAUUUUAUGGCUACAGUAGUUAGCCACUAACGUUCGGCAACUCGAAAGCGAACUAACCAGAAAAGACCCUACUGUUGGUGUUUCUACUGCAGGGAAUAAAUAAUUACGCCAUCAUCUGUGCACAUCCACCACCGCCAGAGCGGUGGCCAGCAUUGCCGGGACCAUGAGCGAACAUGGACCUCGCAAGGAGGCAUCCUUGUAUUUCCAAGUAGAGUUGGACCGCCUCGGGCGUGGCGAUAAAGACAACGAAGACAAGAUGGCACACUACGAUGAUGACGACAAAGAUGAAGAUGAGGACCUGAUGUCAGCGCCCUCAUCCUCCUCGGGCUCCCGUGUCUUUGACCGCACCACGGUGCUCAUCGAGCAGGACCCGAUACGACUGGACGAGGAGGGCGAGGAGGAUCACGGCCACUGUGCGGGGGACGACGACGGGGGGGCAUUCCUGGUCGACGGCGACCUGGACGAGGAGGAGGAGGGCUCGUUAACUUACAUGGCCGAUCAGGACAGCAUGUCGCAGGGUUAUGUGCACCACACCAUCUCGCCAGACCAGAUCCAGUUCAUCAUUAACCCCGGGUCCAUGUCUAUGCCACGCAACAUCGAGGGGGCCACUCUGACCCUGCACUCGGAGUGUCCGGAGACUAAGCAGAGAGAGGUGAAGCGGUACCAGUGCAUGUUCGAGGGCUGCACGCGGACCUACAGCACGGCAGGCAAUCUGCGGACGCACCAGAAGACCCACCGGGGCGAGUACACAUUUGUGUGCAACCAGCAGGGCUGUGGCAAGGCCUUCCUCACUUCUUACAGCCUGAAGAUCCAUGUCCGAGUACACACCAAGGAGAAGCCCUUCGAGUGUGAUGUUCAGGGCUGCGAAAAGGCCUUCAAUACGCUGUAUAGAUUGAAAGCCCAUCAGAGGCUGCACACUGGGAAGACAUUCAACUGUGAAUCAGAGGGAUGCACUAAGUACUUCACAACGCUGAGCGACCUGAGGAAACACAUUCGUACUCACACGGGGGAGAAGCCCUUCCGGUGUGACCACGAUGGCUGCGGCAAGGCAUUUGCUGCUAGCCACCAUCUAAAGACGCAUGUACGGACACACACAGGGGAAAAGCCUUUCAACUGUCCCAGCGACGGCUGUGAGAAGGCAUUCAGCAGCCAGUACAGUCUGAAGAGUCAUGUCAGAGGCCACGGGGACCAGGGCCAGCCCUUCAGUGUCACCCUCACCCACCCCCUGUCCGAGGAUGCAAAUCAUUCACUGUGCCUCAGUGACUUGAGCCUCAUCUCCACCGACUCAGAGCUCAGAGAAAACAUCCACAAUUCUCAAAACUUAGACUUGAGUAGUGUUACCCCGGUGAGGAUCUUUGAGCUCAUGUUCCAGAGUCCAGAAAACAGUGUUAGUCAAGACGAUGGCCAUCCUCACGAGAACCUUGUUGAAACCUUUGACCUGGAGUCUACUGGCCAGUCCACCGUGGGCGAUACAUCCACGCCGGUCUCCUUCUCCUUCUCCCUCGUCUCCUCAUCCUCCUCCUGUUCCCACUCCCACACCACAACCACCACUGUGCUGGAAGCAUCCUCCCAGCUCCCUUUAGGCCAGAUCUCCUCUUCCCAGACUCCGGCACCUUCGGGUCCCAUCCAGCCCCCCGCCCCCUUCCUCCCCAUAACCCCCUCACCCUCUGCCCCACAGCGGACGCCGGACGUGCCCGCCCCAGCCCCCACCAGCGCCCCCUCACACUUUGCGCCAGUGCCCGGCCAAACCUCCUCCACAGCGCCCUCCGCUGCGCCUUCAGUGGUUCCGCCGGGCGCGGUCAACGUGGCACCGGGCGCUACCGCCUCCACAGAUGGGACUCACACCGUGCCUUCGGCCAGCCACGUCAGUCCAGCACCGGCGCCCUCCACCCCCACCGUCGCCCCCAGUCACACCCAGAGCCUGCUGCCGCCCGGCCUCGUCAUGUCCGACCAGAACCUGCAGUGGAUCCUCAACACUGCCGCCAGCAGGCAACAGAACCCAGACCAAGCGUCACACGCCGGAGGUCCCAAAGUGGAGAAGGUCUUCUUUACCACUGCCAUACCAGUGGGUGGGAAUUCAGGCUCCUCAGUCCAGCAGAUCGGCCUCAGCCUGCCCGUCAUCAUCAUCAAACAGGAGGAGUCCUGUCAGUGUCAGUGUGCCUGUCGAGACUCUGCCAAAGACAAGGGCUCCAAGAAAAGCAGCGACACCCCGCAGCAACCGCCCCAAGAGACCCCCCGUCCUCCCCCUCCCCCCAUCCUCCCCCCAACGUCCUCGUCCACCUCUUGUUGCCUUCCGCCCCCUCCCUCAGAAGUGACCGAACCUCCUCUGCCCCAAACAGGAGUUGUACCAGGACCAGGAAGCUCCACCUCCGCUGAGUCGUUCCCCUCGGUUGCCACUCCCGUCACAGCUCCCGUUGCAGCCGACAGCUUGGCCACCAUGGACAUGUCGGACUUCCUAUCCCUUCAGAGCCCCGAGAGCACGGCCAACAUGGAGGCUUUGCUGCUGGUGGCCAAUAACGAUUUCACAAUGGCCUCCUCUGGCGCUAGCAGCACCACGGACCCCUAGCAGACACGGCUAUUAUCUGUCUCGAUUCCUGACUCUUCUCUUGAAGGCACUUGCACACUCCCAGUCUUGGAUUUUCAAAGCAUCGGAUUGGUUGUAGGUGGGCGGUUUCAACCCUUGUUAAAUCCAUGAGAGGAAGGGUGCGAAAACACUCAGGGAGAAGGUUGUUGAAUUCGGGACACAGCGGCACUUGCCAAGUACCUGCUCCCUUUCUGCUGCUGCACUCUUCUCCCCUUCACAGCUCUGUUCAUUUUCCUGACUCCUUUUAAAUCACACAGUGCAAGCCACUCUUAUUCCUUCACUCAACCAAGUGGUCCUGUCACCAGCAGUGCAUUGUGGUUCAAAUUGUAUACGUCUCUUGAUAUAGGAGAAAGGCUUUUCAAUCAAAUUUGUUCCAUGUGUCUUGAAGUGGCUGUUUUUUCAGUGGCUUCUUUACAAUUUAACAUAUUUACCGAGAAUACUUCAAGUAUAGUAAGUGAAAUGUAAUUAUGGUCUUUCAUUUUUUGGGCCACGGAAAUUGUUGUGCUUUUACGAUGGUUCGACACUUUGAUUUCCUGAGAGCACUGAAACAAAACUGGAUUUGUUGUGUAUCAUUGUACUGUACCUAAAGUUCCUAAAUGAAAAGUAUUGAGUUUGUAUGCAAUUAACCAGAAUGCACUGCAUGCGAAUUGGACGUUAACCAGUUCUAUUCCCUAAAAGGAAAUAGUGGCCGUUCUGCCAUUUACCUUGAAAGCAAUGUCCAGCUAAUGCCAUAAUAUGGAGAGUAAUUUCUAGUGUUUUACCGAAGAAGAAUAGCUAGCUUAGUCAGGGAUGUCACAAGGCUUUCAGAACACUCAAGGCUUUAAUGCUAGCAGUACAAUCAAAAUGAUGAGUCCAGCAGUUUAACAUUUGCGUGAUUGACCACAUUGCCACUGCACAAAACAUAAAGAGCUUUGCAAAUAUAUGAAUAAACUCUGGAUUGAGUAAAAAAACAUCCAGAACUAAAGUCCUGAAAGCCUGGGUCUUGUGACAUCCAAGAGUAAUUUAGAUUUAUUUCUGUUGGUUUGUUUUUGUCUAUUUCUGUAUAGGUACGUUUAGUUUGGAACAUUUUGCUUGCCUUUUAAAUGUAAUUUAGAAGUCAAUAUAUUGGUAAUACAUUGUCUAACUUAACAUUAAUAUUUAAUUUGUAAAUGUUUAAUUUAUUUGGGGAAAAGAGAUUCAUCCUCCUUUCAACUAUAACCAAGUUCAUCAUAAUCCCCAUUAUGGUAGUCUUUGUUAAUUUAUUCCUCUUUUCGUCCAAGCUUUCUAUGUUAGUCCUCCUGUCGUGUUACUGAUUUGUUUCAUGUUGCCCCUCAAUCCAGGUUUCAGCAUUCGCAACACUGCAUAGUAUUGUAGUUCAGUUGUAUAUUAAAGUUGUACAUUAAGGUCUUCACCCGGCAAAGAGGGUACCUCCUUGCGGACAAUGGCACAACCUCCAGAUAAUCUGGAGAUGUCUUUUUUUUUGUGCUCUCAACACAGUAAGUGUUGGUCUAUAAAUUACGACCCACUCAGGGAUGCACCAUGGCCGAUCUGAAACAGUUUGAGAUUUCACUUCAGUAAAGUGAUUGUCUGUUAAGAAGUUUUAGCAUUCAGCAGCCUGGAUGCUCGUCAGUUGUGAGACGUUUGCACUAUCCCCUCUGUUCACUAUUCUAUAUGACUAGUUAACUUGCAUACUACUGCGGUCAGACAGGACUCUAGAGGUGUUCGGUGUCCAGUACACCUAGUCUGUCAGGGCUUUUAGGAUGCAUUUUCUUUUUCUAUCAUUUGAAUAGACUUUGACUGUGGAGGCUAAGGACAACACACUGCUCUUUGCAUUCUGCCCCAAAGUUGACACAAAUGCAGAAGUUUUAAACUUAAGCCUUGUAAUGGUUAGUUGUAUAGCUGUGGGCCACUGGCCUCUGUGCAGUCGUGUUUUUUCCACAUACAAGCAUAAGUAACCUUCUCAGAGUAUAACAAUAUUGUUUCAUGUGGGACAUAAUGCAAUGAUUACAAAAAAGAAAUAAGAGACUGCAUUUUGCCCUAAUAUGUAUAGGGUAGCCUUGCCUUAUUAGAGGAUAUCUCAGUGGCUUACCGAGCCAGCUCCUUGCCUUGGCAGUCCAGCCUGUGACUUGUCUGCUUCUUUUUGUUUGUCUAUUCUAGUUCAAUGCCUUUUAGUAGCCACUACAAGGGGACAGAACAUUGAAAAAUAAUGGUUCUACAAACUAUCGUGCCAACAAUUUGUGUAACAAUCUCCAAUUUCUUUUUAUGAAUGUGAAGGAGAUGCGUUACUGCAGAAAUAAACACUGUAGACUGAUUUUUUUCCCUCUUAAUUUUAGUUUGUAGCACUGCGCUGUAGAGACGUGGUUUCCUACAGGAGCACAUUUUCAUUGCAGAUUAAACUGGUCCACUAUUAAUCAGGCCCUCAAUGAGUUGCACUGAGUGUCUGUCCAGGGUUACAACAAUACCGUUUGCUGUUGGGGUACUGAAGGAUCAGAGUUAAGAACCACUUUUGUAAAACAAUGCAUCUUACGGGUCUCUACAUCCAUGUUGUAGUCAUCAUUUGUAAUUACAUGUUUGAUUUGUUACUUCACAACAUCACCGGAAGGAGGGACUGAGAAACAACCGUAUUCAUUAUUUAUCAUUAGAUAACAUUAUGCAGGACAUCUUGCUCUGGCAGAUCUGAAUGCAACAAAACACUACCAUGAACCUUUCCUGUUUAAGAUUAAGACACCCAAUAUGGCAAUGAAAUCAGCGCUUACUGGAGUCCCCUAGAAUAUUGCACGUUAUUUGUGGUUAGAUUUUUUAAAUGUUACUAUCCGCAUACUGAAUACUAUCGUAACUCCCUGAAUUCUGGUCAGCAUCUUCAUACAUUUAAAUAUGAUUAUUUCCUGCUGCCCUCAACAUGUUCAUCUUAUAUCCCAUGCUUAACAUUGAGGAACCGAACUAUGCAAUAAUUUAAUUGCAGCAUUCCUUCUAAAACAAAAUGCAACAACAAAAAUGAUCAACCAUUUAAAUGUGUCUUGAUCUUGAAACAAUAUGCUGGUUUACACAUGUCAAUUUUGAAGACUCAAUUUAUGUUUUCAUUCAGAAAAGUCGUUCAAUAUUUGAUUGUGGUAUUCUACCAAACUUGACAUCCGAAUUUGAUGACAAAUCACCCAUUCAAUGGGAAGUCAUAAUAUACAACAUUCUUUUAACCUAUUUUUGAGGUGGGGCUGUGAACCUGGGCAUUGUGGUAUACUUUUUCAGAGCUUUCCCAGGAAUAUAAUAUCUAGAUUUUUCUUUUUACACGUACCUGUUGUUUUGCCUCCUGAGUGAUUAAACACGUAUUUGAUUUGCUUGGGGAAAAAUAACUUGUAAAUUAAUAUGAUUCUGUUCUAAGAAUUAUUUUGGUCAAAUGUUGUAAAGUUGCCUCUCUUACGUUUUAGGUAAAGAACAAUUUCUCUGCUUCUCCUGUGUUCAUACCGUGUUUCAUUUUUACUGAAGUCAGCCCAACUACCUUUACAUUUAUAUAGAUUUGCAAGGUUAAACUAACCUGGAAUUUAACAUUUAAUUGGGCUAAAAUAAAAUGUACUGUAAGUAAACUUCUGAAUGGCCUGUAAUCAUGGUUGCUAUUUAUGUUGUUUUUAAGUAGCAAAAUAAUGUCUACUAACCCUGGAAUUAGCGAUUCUAGCUUCAUUUGUAAUUUGAUCAAAUGUUUUUGUAGUCCAGGUGCCACAAAUUAUUCUAACAGUCUUGUAUGCUGUGUUCUCUUUCAAACAGUGUUAUUGAGACAGAUUUGUUUUAUAAUCACAUGUAGGGUCCUUGCUGUGGACACCCACAAGGGAAUCUCAGAUUCCAGAACAUUCUCCUGCAAUGCUUUAAACUAAAUAGUAACUUCAAUUAGAAGUCAUUCAGAGGUUUAAUCGUUAAAUAUGAAUCAGAAGUAGAUUUUUCUUCCCCUUUAUUUAUGCACCCUUAGGCCUACCCCCUUUCCAGUGAUAAUUCAGCGCUUCAUCUUUUGUCAUAAUUGUGGGCGCCUGUACUCAAAGUCCUUUCAACCAUGGAUUGAUUUUGCAUCCAUGUGGGUGGGUUUUGAUUGAUGGGAUUGCGCUGUGUGAAUGUAGCAACUGAAAUACUGAUGUCACACCACAGUGUAACCCCAGAGUUAGGUCGAUACACAUUUGGACCCAAUUUAGACAUUUUAGAAAUGCAUAUGCUGGUUCUGCCUUUAAGAUACAUUACUGAACUGCUUUAGAUUGUCAAGCCAAUAUGUAUGGUGACUCUAUUUUCCUUGUUCUAGCCAAUAGGAAAAUGCUUGGUAUAUAGCGUUGGUAGAAGCAAAACACUGGUGAUGACAGGUUUCGCUUUUGGAAAUGGCACAGUAGCAGCACAGUUUGUAUUUUGGAAUUCUGUACAUAAAUUUGGAGCACACACGUGUUUGUUUGAACAUUCUCAAAGGGUAAAAUGAGGGGGAAAUGUAAUGAUUCCAAAGGAAUGUCUCCACCACCCAAAGAGUGAGGAAUUGUAAAGGAUUUGUAUUUUUAAAAGAAUGUAUGUGAAAAUUGUUUGCUAAUAUGCUUGUUUUGUAUAAAGUAAUAUUGUUAUGAAGUAACUUUUUGAAUUGAGAGCAAUACUAAUAAAAUCGUAACUUGUCA